CGCCCAAUGAAUGAAGAACACGGCGACGAACGAAACUUCUAAGGAGCUAAAAGCUUUCCUUGAUUGCCUUGGAUGAUAUAAAAGGACACCGGGACAUCUCAGUUGCAUACCUUCACAAAUCUACACAACAGACUGCAUAGAGAUAACCAAGACUGCCAAGUCAAGAGCUUCAAAGAUAUCUUAUUGUAUCCCAAGUAUCAUUCGACCCAGCUUUCAAAGGAGAUUGUAAGCACAUUCAUCACCUUCGGUACAUAGAAAAGCUGUGAAUACAAAAUCAGGACGACAGGAGCUAUAGAUAUACAGUGGAUCUAUUAAAUCUUCUUGCAUUUUGCAACUGCAGAGAGCCUUCUUCAUUAAAAAAAGAACGUUAAACUUGUUUCCAACGUCCUGAUUCACCUUAGCAACCCACACAGCAACCUACUGCUAUGUUACUGAAACUUCAUCAAUCCACACGGAGGCCACGAUCUACCAUGAUGAGCAAUCGGGUGUCCAAGAGCAUUAUGGGGGCACAGCUGUUCCUUGCGGUGAUGAUGAUCACCUGCCCUUUCCUGCCGCUCCUGGUCAAUGGUCAGACACAGGAGGCUGGGGCAGCCCCCACCAUUGGCAUUGACCUGGGAACGACUUACUCGUGUGUGGGCGUCUACCAGAAUGGAAAAGUGGAGAUCAUUGCUAAUGAACAAGGCAACCGCAUCACUCCUUCUUACGUGGCAUUUACGCCCGAAGGUGUCCGUUUAAUCGGGGAUGCGGCCAAAAACCAGCUCACUUCAAACCCAGAGAACACUAUUUUCGAUGCCAAGAGGCUUAUAGGCCGCACCUUUGAUGACCCGGCUGUGCAAAAGGAUCUCAAGAACUACCCGUUCAAAGUUGUGGACAAAAACAACAGACCUUAUAUCCAGGACGGCAGCCUCUAUCGCUUAUCGUCUUGACAAAAAUUCAGGAGAGAAAAGAGUACUUGUAUUUGACCUUGGAGGCGGGACUUUCGACGUGUCUGUACUGACGAUGGACAAUGGAGUGUUUGAAGUGGAAUCUACGAAUGGGGACACUCAUUUAGGUGGAGAGGACUUUGAUCAAGUGGUGAUGAACUACAUGGUCAAGGCCGUGAAGAAAUCAACAGGCAAAGACAUCCGGUCCAACACACGGGCGAUGCAGAAGCUGCGACGAGAGGUGGAAAUGGCCAAACGUACACUGUCCACCCAGCAGCAGGUCACUCUUGAGAUAGACGACCUAGUGGAUGGUCAAGAUUUCUCACAAACGUUGUCCAGGUCCAAGUUUGAAGAUCUUAAUAUGGAUCUGUUCAGAAGCACACUAACACCUGUUCGCAAGGCGUUGAAAGAUGCGGACGCCUCACCAGAGGAGGUGGAUGAGGUCAUCCUGGUCGGCGGGUCUACUCGCAUCCCCAAAGUGCAACAGCUGGUCAAGGAGUUGUUCAACGGAAAGGAACCUCAUCGAGGGAUCAACCCUGAUGAAGCAGUUGCUUACGGAGCAGCAGUUCAGGCCUGGGUCAUGGAUGGAUCCCCGGGCGAAACUGACCAAGGUAUGGUCAUCCUGGACGUUAACCCCCUGACCCUGGGCAUCGAGACAGUGGGUGGAGUCAUGACCUCUGUCAUCAAAAGAAACACUCCCAUUCCAACUAAGAAGUCCCAGAUUUUCUCCACCGCAGCCGACAAUCAAAACGCUGUAACAAUCCAGGUGUUUGAAGGAGAGCGGGCAAAUACCAAGGACAACCAUCAUUUAGGCCGAUUUGACUUGACUGGCAUCAAAGCUGCGCCUCGUGGUCAUCCUCAGAUUGAGGUCACAUUUGAGGUCGACGUUAAUGGCGUACUCAGGGUCAGCGCUCUGGACAAGGACACGGGCUUGGAAAACAAUAUCGUGAUAGAUAAAAGUGAUAUCAGCUUAACGGCUGACGACAUCAAAAAGAUGGUCAAAGAAGGAGAAGACUUUGCCGAAGAAGACAAAAAGUUCAGAGAACGGGUUGAUGCAAAAAAUGGUUUGGAAGGUUUAGCAUACAUGACAAAGAAACAACUGGAGGACAAUGAGAAGAUUUCUCAGGUUUUAAGUACAGAAGAGGUGACUUCUGUGACAGAAGCUUGUGAUGAAGCUUUAAGUUGGUUGGAAAGCAAUAGCCUAGCAAGUAGUGAGGAAAUUACUGAAAAGAAAGAUGAACUGCAAAAGUUGAUUCAUCCGAUAGUGAGUAAACUAUACCAGGGGGAUAAAACUUCAAAUGAAGACAAGGAAGAGUUGUAAUUAGUCUGGUCAUGUACCCUUUAAAAUUACAGAGUCUUUCAAUUCUACAAUGUAACUAUCCCCAUGUGCUCAAUGCUUCAUCUUCAUAUAAUUCAACCAUUAAACUUUCAUGCGGCUAUGGACGCAAGUUUGUGUGUGUGUGUUGUGUAAAAGGCGCAGGGGGGUCGGAUACAUUCCCCGAUUCUUUCAGAACGAUUAAAGUGUGUUUGUUGGAAAAUAAAACUCGUGUGGCACCGAGAUAACCCAUCAACAAUGCAAUCAGUGAGGCGAAGGUGGGUUCUGUUUGACAAAUAAUAAUAUUCUCUUCUGUCAGCUAUUUUAGAUAGACUAUACCGAUAACGCAUUUUCCCCAAAAAUAUAUACCAGAUUUUGUAUGGACCUAAAGUCUGUUAGUCUAUUUUUUUUCCCUACAACAGUUGGUAUCAUCAUACAAUUCUGUGUGUCACUCUCCACCAUACUUUGGCUUUAACAAAGGCGAUAACCGAGACGUUCUCAGUACCAUAAACUUGAUCCAAAGAAUGUAACACAGCUAACAUGAUAGUCAUAAAUGUAGUAGAGGCCUACGAUCCACAGAUUGCUAAAUGAGCUAUUUUCUUUUACACUUGUUAUAAUAGAUAUGUGAAAGUUUGUCUACAAAAUUCGAAACUAACAUAAUUUGGUCGUUAGAUUUGUCCGAUUUAUAAAGAAUACGCAAAGGCUUACUGAACUUAUUACAUGUAUUAAUUAAUGUCUACCAAAGUGUAUUUCCUCCAACCCUUACACAGCGAUGCUGAGUAAAGGAACAACAAAGUUGUCAUAAUUUGUUUGUCAUCCACAUUACAUGUAUCAAUCGCUUUCAAUUUUUCCAAUUUUGUGAUUAAAUCUGAUAGCAUAUGUUUGAAUAUGUCCAUAAAAUGAAAACAUGUAUGUCACGUGUGAAAUAAUUCUGAAAUGGCUAAAUUAAAUAUUGUAAAUUGCUACUCUUAACCCUUACAUGUCAAUGUUUGUGUGACUGCUGUCACAUUCACCGGUACGGAUAUGUAUUUUUAUCAUGAUACACAUGUAUAGAUGUAAUGUAUUUUCUAACUUGUUUGGAAAUAAAGAAGAUUAUUGAAUCUACCUAAAAA